CUCUCUCCGCGCUCACCACGCUGGCCCCGGGCCGGCUCUCCCUUCCCAGGAGCCGGCUGCACCAGAGUCCCAGCACAAGCUUCCUGAAACCCAUGACCCAUGAAGUCUUGUCGACACUCACACCGGCUGAUGGCAGCAGCAAUGAAAUAGAAGAAACAGAGUGCUGUAGAGGAUUGCAGAAUCUCUGGGAGUGACUGGUGGCUUAUGGGACGUUGGCUUCGGACCCUUUGUCACACACCUGCCGCGUGGGACGAUGACGACUCAGAGAGGAAGGAGGCCCGCGGUCACGCUCACCUGCCUCCUCUUGGCCACAGCCAGCUGUUUCGCUGACCCAAACAAGGUGCCUCAGGUCACCGUGCAGCCUCCCUCCACGGUCCAGAAGCUCGGGGGAACUGUGAUCCUGGGCUGCGUGGUGGAGCCGCCGGGGAUGAGCACCACCUGGCGCCUGAACGGGAGGGAGCUGAACGGUUCCGAUGAUGCCCUGGGCGUCCUCAUCACCCGCGGGACGCUCGUCAUCACCGCCCUCAGCAACCGCACCGUGGGACGGUACCAGUGUGUGGCCCGGAUGCCUGCGGGGGCCGUGGCCAGCGUGCCAGCCACGGUGACACUAGCCAAUCUCCAGGACUUCAAGUUAGACGUGCAGCAUGUGAUUGAAGUAGAUGAGGGGAACACAGCGGUCAUUGCCUGCCACCUUCCUGAGAGCCACCCAAAAGCCCAGGUCCGAUACAGUGUCAAACAGGAGUGGCUGGAGGCAUCCAGAGGUAACUACCUGAUCAUGCCUUCGGGGAACCUCCAGAUCGUGAACGCCAGCCAGGAGGACGAGGGGAUGUACAAGUGCGCCGCCUACAACCCGGUCACCCAAGAAGUGAAGACCUCGGGCUCCAGUGACCGGCUGCGCGUGCGCCGCUCCACGGCCGAGGCCGCCCGCAUCAUCUAUCCGCCAGAGGCCCAGACCAUCAUCGUCACCAAAGGCCACAGUCUCAUCCUGGAGUGUGUGGCCAGCGGGAUCCCGCCUCCGCGGGUCACCUGGGCCAAGGAUGGGUCCAGUGUCGCGGGUUAUAACAAGGAGGACUCGGGGACCUACCGCUGCAUGGCCGACAACGGGGUCGGGGAGCCUGGGGCGGCGGCCAUUCUCUACAACGUCCAGGUGUUUGAACCCCCCGAGGUCACUGUGGAGCUGUCCCAGCUGGUCAUCCCGUGGGGCCAGAGUGCCAAGCUCACCUGUGAGGUGCGCGGGAACCCCCCGCCCUCAGUGCUGUGGCUGAGGAACGCCGUGCCGCUCACCCCCAGCCAGCGCCUCCGACUGUCACGUAGGACCCUGCGUGUGGUCAGUGUGGGGCCUGAGGAUGAGGGUGUCUACCAGUGCAUGGCCGAGAACGAAGUUGGCAGUGCCCACGCCGUGGUCCAGCUGAGGACCGCCAGGCCAGGCACAACCCUGAGGCCAUGGCCCGAUGCUAAGCUGGACACUGCCACACCUCCGGUGCCACCCUCCAGACCAAGAAGCCCUGACCAGAUGCUGAGGGGGCACCCUGGGCUCCCGAGGCCUCCAACGUCGGUGCAGCCGGCUUCCCCGCAGUGCCCUGGAGAGAAAGGGCCGGUGGCGCCCGCCGAGGCACCCGUCAUCCUCAGCUCACCCAGGACCUCCAAGACUGACUCUUACGAGCUCGUGUGGCGGCCUCGGCAUGAGGGUGGCAGCCGGGCACCGAUCCUCUACUAUGAGGUGAAACACCGCAAGGUCACAAACACCUCUGAUGAUUGGACCAUCUCUGGCAUCCCAGCCAACCAGCACCGCCUGACCCUCACCAGACUGGACCCCGGGAGCUUAUACGAAGUGGAGAUGGCAGCUUACAACUGUGCAGGCGAAGGCCAGACAGCCAUGGUCACCUUCCGAACGGGACGGCGGCCCAAACCUGAAAUCAUGGCCAGCAAGGAGCAGCAGAUCCAGAGAGAUGACCCUGGAGCCAGCCCCCAGAGCAGCAGCCAGCCAGACCACGGCCGCCUCUCCCCCCCAGAAGCUCCAGACAGGCCCACCAUCUCCAUGGCCUCAGAGACAUCGGUGUUUGUGACCUGGAUCCCCCGUGGGAAUGGUGGGUUCCCGAUCCAGUCCUUCCGUGUGGAAUACAAGAAGCUGAAGAAAGUGGGGGACUGGAUGCUAGCCACCAGCGCCAUCCCUCCGUCCAGGCUCUCAGUGGAGAUCACAGGCCUAGAGAAAGGCACCUCCUACAAGUUCCGAGUCCGGGCUCUGAACAUGCUGGGGGAGAGCGAGCCCAGCGCCCCCUCCCAGCCAUACGUGGUGUCGGGCUAUAGCGGCCGCCUCUAUGAGCGCCCCGUGGCGGGCCCGUACAUCACCUUCACCGACGCCGUCAAUGAGACCACCAUCAUGCUCAAGUGGAUGUAUAUCCCAGCAAGUAACAACAACACCCCCAUCCAUGGCUUCUACAUCUAUUACCGGCCUACGGACAGUGACAACGACAGUGACUACAAGAAGGACAUGGUGGAAGGGGAUAGGUAUUGGCACUCCAUCAACCACCUGCAGCCGGAGACCUCCUAUGACAUUAAGAUGCAGUGCUUUAAUGAGGGCGGCGAGAGUGAAUUCAGCAACGUGAUGAUCUGUGAAACCAAAGCUCGGAAGUCUGGUCAUCCUGGCGGGCUCCCACCCCCAACUCCGGCUCCACCUCAGCCGCCACCCCCUGAAACCAUGGAGCGGCCGGUGGGCACGGGGGCCAUGGUGGCACGCUCCAGCGACCUGCCCUACCUGAUUGUGGGGGUCGUCCUGGGCUCCAUCGUCCUCAUCAUCGUCGCCUUCAUCCCCUUCUGCUUGUGGAGGGCCUGGUCCAAGCAGAAACAUACAACAGACCUGGGUUUUCCUCGAAGUACCUUGCUGUCCUCCUCCUGCCAGUACACUAUGGUGCCGCUGGGAGGACUUCCCGGCCACCGAGCCCACGGGCAGCCCUACCUCAGCGGCACCAAUGGACGGGCCUGUGCCAAUGGGGGGCAUGUGAACAGGGGCUGCCCUGCGCCUGCCAUGGGCCACCCAGGCGUGAAGCCUCCGCAGCACUGUCCCGGGGCACGGCCACAGCAGGACGACACCCACCACCUCCGGAGGCAGACCGCUCCUGGCGAUGGACAUGACGUCCACAGUGCCCCGCCUCCCAGGGGAGCCAAGGCCAACCCAGACGAGGCCUCUUUCCUGUACACACUGCCUGGUGCCUCAACGCACCAGCGGCUGCAGGCCCGCCAGGACCGCCACCCCCUCCAGGAGCAGCCUGCUCCAACCAGCCAGUCCGGGAUGAGGCGAGGACCCCAGACUCCGGGGCUGGAAGCAACAUGGGACCCUCUUUUUCACCCAGGGCCCCCGUGCUGCUUGGGCCUGGCACCGGUUGAAGAAGUGGACAGUCCUGACACUUGCCAAAUGGGUGGAGGAGAGUGGUGCCCCCAGCACCCCACGGGGACCCACGGAGGACAGGAGCCCGGGAGGCAGCUCUCCCCCAGCCCAUCAGUGCACAUAUCUUUUGAAACACCACCCCCCAUCAUUUAGGCAGAAGCCAGCAUUCCAGAAAGACUAUUAUGGUUUAUAAAGAGACAGAGGAAAUUGGUAUUUAUUUUUCUAUAAUAGCCAUAUUUAUAUAUUUAUGCACUUGUAAAUAAAUGUAUAUGUGUUGUUAUAAUUCUGGAAAGACAUAGGGACUCCUACCCAUGGAGGUAUGAGAGGUUAAACAAAGAAGCCACCACAUACCAGGAGCAAACCAGGAAAGAGGAACACGGACUGGCCAGCACCCAGAUUGAGGAGGCGGCUCAGAACCUCUGCCCCUGCCCAGGAGGCUGCAGAGGCCCAGAGAGCAGCUGCCCGAGGGAAGACUCCCGCUCACUGUGCGUGAGGAGCGCACGGGGAAGGGGAACGGGGAACGCAGAGGCCAGGGGCGCACAGGCUGCAGACACCUGUGAAGACGGCCAGCUCCAGUGCUACAGGCAAGGUCUCCAGAAGACGCCCGUGAGAACAGACUCAGAUGUGUAUAGUACUAUAAGCAUUAACAGACCUUCCAGAAUCAAUAAUCCGCGGCAACAUCGCUCUGUAAAAACAAACACUGUAACUUCUAAAUAAAUGUUUAGUCUUCCCUGUAACCUUCAGCUUA